UGUGCAUUAUAAAGUCUGCUUUCGCGGCUACUUCCUUUGAAAAGUAACAUGUGAACAGUGGGUUAGAGUACUAAGACCUCGUACCUUAUAAAUCAUGGAUUUGCUGCUGUUGCGUCAGUGCUUCGCCUUCAAAGCUUAGACUCGUAAGCCCAAUUAUCAGUUUGUCUUGAAAUUCCUCAAAAUUCUCGGUACCCUACUCAAAAUAGAAGCCAGCCAUGUGUUCCCUGUCUAAGAGUACAACUACAAGCAGUUGUAGUGAUGAUGAUGCCGCAGGUGGUGAGCUCAGGAGAGGUCCCUGGACUGUUGAAGAAGAUUCUCUUCUUGUUCAUUACAUUGCUGCUCAUGGUGAAGGCCGAUGGAACUUGCUAGCGAAACGUUCAGGAUUGAAUAGAACUGGCAAGAGUUGUAGAUUGAGAUGGCUCAACUAUCUUAAACCGGAUGUUAAACGAGGAAAUCUUAGUCCAGAGGAACAGCUCUUGAUUCUUGAGCUUCAUUCCAAGUGGGGCAACAGGUGGUCAAAGAUUGCACAACAUCUUCCGGGAAGAACAGAUAAUGAAAUCAAGAACUACUGGAGAACAAGAGUACAAAAGCAGGCCCGCCAUCUGAAGAUAGACUCCAACAGCAGUGAGUUUCAAGAACUAGUUCGCCGUGUCUGGAUUCCUCGGUUGCUUCAAAAGGUACAAGGAAAUAUUGCAUAUUGGGACUCAUCAGAACAUGACAAUUUAGCUGAAAUUCAGGCAGCAGUUAGCAAUUCAAUGGCAGCAAAACAACCGCAACAGGUACCAUACAGUUUCCCGGAUAGUCAUCAGAGAAACAUGAUUAGCAGCAGCCCAUCAAGCAUGUCUUCAUCAGAAUCCACGAAUAUCUCUCCGGUCCCUCAAUUUUCCGAAUACAUAGAAAAUCCCUUUUAUGACAUGGCUCCCAACAAUUCCUAUGGUCAUUCUCAAAAUGAAUGUUACAAUGUUGACAGCACUAGUUAUCAAGAUAUGGAAAACUUGAGCUCAGCAGCACCUGUUACAGCGAUGGGCGGCUCUACAGGGCCAGCUGGUGAUAACUACUGUGCACAAAACAAUUGGCUGAGUGACGAUCUGGGAUAUUGCUUGUGGAAUAUGGAUGAUCUCUGCCAAUUGAAGCAAUCGCAAGAAAGAUGCACUCAGAUUUGAUCGUGAAAUAAUCCCAGGAAAGCAAAUUUGUCGUUUAUAGGGAUGAUUAGAUAUUUUUUAGGCAGAGUGAUAUUUUUCUUUACGCAACAUACAAGAUGAGGACGAUUAAAUGUAGAAUACAGAUUUAGACAGAAAGACUUCAGUGAUCAUUUGGAGAUUCCUUUCGAGCUUUGGACAUUAAGCACACAGUCCAAAAAUCCCGUAACACAUGUGGGUUGUCUGUUUUGCAUUAUGUGUAUAAAAUAAGAUUGGGAGAAAUAAUUUGUAUAGGAAUUGUAGACCUGUUCUUUCAAUGUAAGCUUUUUUUUUUCUAAAUAAUUGUUAUAUUCAAGAUUGGAAGUAUAAAAAAAAAGGUUAAUUUUUCUUA